CUUUCCACCAUGACCUCUCUGCGCUCAUUAGCACUCCUUUCUGCUGCAGCAGUCGCGCUGUCGACGCCGCUCUCUACAUCCCCCGAUGGCGCUGCGCUGCGCUACAACCGCCAGUAUGAGAUUGCCCCGCUCCACCACCCCAGUGUGCCGGCUCACAGGGUCGUCAAUGACUCCUACAUCGUCAUGUUCAAGGACGGCGUCCACCCAGGUGCCUUCGACAGUCAUUUCAGCUUCCUUCAGCAAGCACAUGAGUCCGAUCCGCUUGACGGAGACGACAGCGGUUUGAAGCACGUCUGGGACGCGCACAUCAAAGGCUACGCUGGUUCAUUCUCGCGUGACGUGGUAGAACGCAUUCGCAGGCAACCAGAGGUCGCAUAUGUCGAGCACGAUCAGAUCGUGCAUGCUCUUGAGACUCAGAAGGGAGCUCCUUGGGGUCUUGCGCGAAUUAGCCAUCAGAACAAGCUCAAUUUCAGCACGUUCCAGCGAUAUGAGUAUAAUAAGCACGGCGGUGAAGGCGUAAAUGUCUAUAUUAUUGACACUGGUAUUUACAUCGACCAUGUCGAGUUUGAGGGUCGCGCACGGUGGGGUACGACAAUCCCCAAGAAUGAUCAGGACAUUGAUGGCAACGGACAUGGCACGCACUGCGCCGGCACAAUCGCGUCACGCAAAUAUGGUGUUGCCAAGGCUGCGACUGUUACCGCGGUCAAGGUCCUUGGUACCAAUGGCAGUGGGACUAUGUCUGACGUUGUCGCUGGUGUCGUUUGGGCUGCGACUGACGCUGUAAAGGCUAAGGCUGCUGCGGAUGCCGAGUUCCGCGCGACCGGUAAGACGAAGCACAAGGGCUCCGUUGCAAACAUGUCUCUCGGAGGUGGAAAGUCCCAGGCUCUUGAUGACACUGUCAACAAGGCUGUCAAGGCUGGUCUCCACUUUGCCGUAGCUGCUGGCAAUGAUAACCGCGACGCGUGCGACUAUUCACCCGCUUCCGCUGAGCUCGCUGUUACUGUUGGUGCAUCGACUGUCGUCGACGAGCGUGCUUACUUCUCCAACCACGGCAAGUGCGUCGACGUCUUCGCACCUGGUCUUAACAUCCUUUCGACCUGGAACUCCGGCCCGAUCUCCACCAACACCAUCUCCGGCACGAGCAUGGCAUCUCCGCACACCGCCGGUCUCCUCGCGUAUCUCCUCUCCAUCUACCCGUCCACUACGUUCGACCCCGCACUCGGAGACCUGUCCGUACCUGCACUCAACGACGCUGUUUCGUCAAAGCCGUCGCUCGUUCUUCAGGGUUACGCCCGUGCGUACACCUACCUCCCUGAGUGGCUCACCCGUGUCUUGCCCGAUCCAGAGCUCCUUGGUGCCGAUGAUGAGCUUGCGCCGAUCCCGGCGACGUUGACACCCGAGCAGUUGAAGAAGGCCUUGGUUGCACUUGCGACUCCCGACGCACUCACUGACUCUCUUCCUCUCGGCUCGCCGAAUCUCGUUAUUUUCAACAACGCGACGAACGAGGAUGGGCGUAAUUGGGUUAUUGAUGAGCUGUUCCCUACACUCUGAUUAACCGGUUGAUUGGGCGUGAGCUGGUUGUGGUUGUGGUAUUGGUAACAAUGGAGCUUGGUUAAGUCUUUCAAGUAGUUGCUGGUCGCUAGUAGUUGACGCGCGGAUUUGGAUACUGCACACGGUUAUCUCACAUCCUCACAUCGUAUCCUCACACAUACAUCUGGCUUGCCUUCUCUCGUCCGAAUCAAUUACUAAGUUCGAGAUUAUUAUGCGUUCUUGCCCUUGCCUUGCCUUGCACCCGCUCUUGUAUAUUAACUGCAUCGCAUACAUACAUACAUCAUCCAAUAAGAUCACUGGAUUUGCAUAG